AUGCUCCAGUCAUCUCCCUCGACUGCUCCUCACUCGCAACUCGUUCAAAAGUAUCGAUCUCAGCGCCGAGAGGCUGCCGAGCGACACCCACAGCUGGACCUCGGGUCGCGGCCGCCAUCGCCGUCGCCGACGCACGCGGGCCGAUCCAACGGCUCAACGGGGCUGAGCAAGCGAGUUCGGCAUCACCCGCGCUGGGCCUCACUGCACCUCGAUCCGCAGCCAUCGUCGUCCGAGUCGCUGGGGCCGUCUGCCAACCCGACGACGACCGACGACGGCCGACGCGCGUUUGGGCCCAACUUCAUCCCCGAGGAGCAGACGCUGCGCAACGACUACGCGCAGCGCUUUGUCGACACGGGCGCGGGCGAGCUGCCGGGCAACGCGGUGCGCAACCCGCACGAUGCGAGCCGCUUUGACGAGUACCCCAAGCUCAAGCGCCUCGUCCAGAUAAAGGACUCGCUCGUCACGCUCGCCGCCCACCCACCGACCUACCUCUGCGCAGACCUGCGCCAGUCGCUCGCUCCCUACACUGGCACAGGCGCUCGACGAGGACGCCAGCAGCAGGGCGGUCAUCCUGUCACAACCUCCGCCCCUGCCAGCGGGUCCGCCACGCCACAAGGCGCACCGGCCCAUGUGAUGCCGCCAUCGGGCCAGCAGCCAGGACCCUCGCCGAACCCUGCUGCGCCGCGCGACUUCCACCUGGGCACCUUGAUGCCGGUCAAGUACGAUGUCGUGCUCAUCGACCCGCCUCUGGCGUCGUACGAGUGGGAGGGCGUACCCUCGCCCAGCGGCGGCGUCGCAACGUGGACCUGGGACGAGAUCGCGGCGCUGCCCGUGCCCCAGGUAGCGGCCAAGGAGAGCUUCGUCUUCCUCUGGGUCGGCUCGGGCGCCGGCGACGGCCUCGAGAGGGGCAGGGAGGUGCUGUCGCGCUGGGGCUACCGGCGGUGCGAGGACAUCGUGUGGGUGCGGACCAACGCGCACCAACGCGGCAGGGAUGACGACGGCGGCGACGACGACGACAGCAGCGGCCCGCAGCAACCAUCGACGAGCUCUGCGCUGACGCGGUGCGUGCAGCACUGCCUGAUGGGCAUCCGGGGCACGGUGCGCCGGUCGACGGACACGCGGUUCGUGCACUGCAACGUCGACACCGACGUGAUCCUGUGGCCCGGCGAGGCGGCGGGCGAGGAGCUGGACAUGACGAGCAAGCCGCCAGAGAUGUACAGGCUGAUCGAGAACUUCUGCCUGGGGACGCGGCGGCUGGAGCUGUUCGGGCGCAAUCGCAACCUGCGGCGCGGCUGGCUGACGGUGGGGCUCGAGGUGGGUCCGGGCCAGCCUGGAUGGCCAGCCGACGGCCGCCUGCCGCUGCCGGCAGCCACCCUGUCGUUCCUCGAAGAGCAGCGGAGUCAGCGCCGGCUGCCCGAGGAUGGACCUGCGGCCGAGGAGGAGCGGGCGCACCUCGAUCGGCUGGCGGUGCCCGUCGAGUACGACAAGCUGAGCUACGACGUCAACUUUGGCGUGGAUCGGCCGGGAUGCGAGCUGCGCGACCGGAUCAACCUGGUGCCCUUCUCGGACGAGGGCGAGGCGCUGCGGCCCAAGAGCCCGCCGCCACGAGGCACGGGGGGCGCAGGGAACAGCGGAGGGCCGCCUCGAGGCGGAACGGCGAUGCCGGGCAUGGCAGGCGGCUACCUGGCCCACAGCGGCGGGCUGCUGAGCAUGCCGAGCGGACUGAGCGCCAGCCCUGCGCUACGGCUGCCUGGCUACCAGCACGAUGCGUUUGUCGGCGGCGGCGGCGCAGCGGAUCCAAGCAUGGGCAUGAUGGUGGCGGGCGCCGGUGGCGUCUACGGCCGGCCGAUGGGGACGGGCGGCGGAGCUGGGCUGUCUGGACUGGGAGCGGGUGGACCGCGGACGGUGAGCGUACCGAGCGGCAGCGACACGCUGAGCGGGCCGCAGGCGAGCGUGCUCAAGGCCAAGGCGGCGGCGGCGGCGGCGGCCCAGGCGCAUGCCAAGGGCCCCAAUGGCUCGAGAUAG